AUGAAAAGUUUAGAAGUGGAUAUUCUGGUUUCAGUAUGGAAUGAUAUUUUAGAGAGGUUCAAUAUUGUAAAGUUGAGAAAGCGUAUAAACUCUUAUGAAAAGAUUAAUACUUCAUUUGGAUUUUUGUUCAACAUUACUGAGUUGUCAGUGUUAGAAGUAAAACAAAAAGCUGGAGAGUUACAAAAACAAUAUCCUCAAGAUCUGGAUACAUCGUUUAUGAAUGAAUUUAUUCAUUUUCGUGGUUACUUAAAAGGCUUACCAGAAAGCGUAUCCACAAAAUCGGUGCUAUAUUUGUGUCAAGUCAUGAAAGAUGAUAAUUUACUAGAUAUUUACCCAUACGUUAAUAUUGCAUUGCGAAUGUUUUUGUGUGUUCCUGCAUCAAACACUUCGGCCGAGCGUUCAUUCAGUACUCUUAAAAGAUUUAAAUCAUAUCUUAGAUCUUCGAUGAAUGAUACUCUUUUAAACUCUUUGGCGAUUUUGAAUAUUGAAUCUCAGUUGACAACUUCAUUAAACUAUGAUGAAAUAAUUGAAGAUUUUGAAAGAUCAAAAGCGCGACGAAAGAUAUUAAUUUAA